AUGGCGCGUCUCUCAGCAGCAGGUAGUGCUGUACCGGCGGAUCACAAACAUCUAGACCUCACGCGCAUGAUAGCGCGGUUGCAGACUACGCUUGUAACCCCAGAUGCUGCGCAGGAAUAUCGAUUACGGAUAUCAGAGCUUGAGAGGGAGAAAGUUGGAAAGAAUCUCGAAUACGCAAGCAACUUAUUGUUAAAGCUCGAACAAGAUGCGCAGAACAUCCGGGUCCUUUCGAAGAAGCAGGAGAUGCAAACGGAUUUGAGUAGGAAGAGAGAUGCGCUUGCUCGAUUGCAGGAACGGCUUGCGGAUUUGAAUGAUGCGGGCAAUAUUGACGACUCCUCUGAAGGAGAGGAUCUGAUCGGGGAAGAUACCCCAAGUGAAGGAGCAGACGAUACACAAGUUGAAGACACAACACGCUAUUCACCACCUAUUCCACAACCGCAAAUCCCCUCCUCAACCUCCCACUCCUCCUCCUCACCCCCCUCCACCCUCCGAAACAGACGCACCGCCCCCACCGAACCCGACGACUCCUCCUUCGCCACAACAACCUCCUCCCACAUCCCCACAACCAAAGAAUCCCUCCUCUCCCACAAUCGCGCCGAGCAAGAAUCGCUCACCUCCUCCCUCCUCACCAUGGCCUCCGCCCUCCGUGAGUCCUCUCUUGCAUUCGCCACCUCUCUCGAAGAAGAGAAAGAUAUCCUGGAGAACACGGCUUCGGGGAUGGAGAAGAAUGAAGAUGGACUGCGGUUUGCGGGGGAAAGGAUGGGGAUGUUGAGACGGGUUAGUGAAGGACGGGGAUGGUUGGGGAGGAUGCUUAUGUAUGCUUGGAUUGCGGGGUUGAUGGUUAUUGCGUUGCUGGUGGUUUUUGUGAUGCCGAAGUUGAGGUUUUAG